AUGUGUUACCUUCUGCUGACUGACUCUCAUAGUGGGAACGAGCUGGCAUCACACGCCGGUGCCAUCGGAAACCCUACUACCCACUUCGGGUCUAUCACCACUCUGGCUUAUUCCGCUGAUGGAAAGUACCUCGCGAGCGGUGCGGAAGAUACAUGCAUCACCGUACGGAAUGUGCGCGACGAUACCGUGGUACGCCACUUCACGGCGCACGAGGACACGGUGUCUGCACUCGCAUUCUCCCCUACCUGCACUCUUCUUGCAUCCGCGUCGAGUAUUGGGCCGAUCAAGCUGUGGGACGUCGAAGCUCUGCAUCGAGUACCGCAGACCAUAGAUGUGGGCAACAAGGCAAUUCGCUCCCUCGCGUUCACUCCUGACGGGUCCAAGCUUCUGGGAGGCGCACGCGACGGCACAUUCAGCAUCUGGGACGCGGUCAGCUUCGAGCUCCUCGCGACCGCCCAGUACGAUGGCGAGGUCACCUUCAUCAUCUUCUCCGCCGACGGGCGGAUGAUGGCUACCGGCGGAACAGAGCGAGUCUGCCGCGUCUGGGAGGUGGCCAACCUCGACAUCGGUGCGCCCAAGUCGGUGCUUGCAGGCCACCAAAGCACGGUCUCCUCCGCCUCAUUCUCAUCCGACGGGCGGUACAUCGUGACGGGUUCGUGCGACUUCGGGUGCUGCAUCUGGAGCACUGAGGACGGCAGGGCACUCGUCGAGCUGCGCGAGCACACCGGUCCCGUGUGGUCGGUGUGCUUCUCCCCAGACGGGACGCGCGUCGUGUCAGGCUCAUCCGACUCGACGGUGAAGGUGUGGGACGCGCGGACGGGGGAGCGGGUGCUGUCGCUCGAAGCGCACGACGGCGGGAUCAACGCUGUCGCGUACUCGCCCGACGGCACGUAUGUUGCGUCCGCGUCGUCCGAUGACACAGUCCGGCUAUGGAAAUUCACGCAGGAUGGAACAUUGGUCAAGACGUACAACGAGCACGAUGACUUUGUCACGUCUAUGCAAUUCUCGCCGGAUAGUAAGACGAUCGCAUCUGGGUCGCACGAUGGGACGGUGUACGUUAGACCGCUCUAA